AUGGCAACUCCUGGGCAGCGAGGAAAGAUGGUGAAGAGGGUUAAGAGGAUGAGGGAUCCUGCGUCGCCAGCACCUAGGUUAGAGGGUGGAGGGAGGUCGCUCUCCGAUCAAAAGCAGAGGGUUCUUCGUUGUCGUUUGGAGACCUUCAAGCACCUGCGAUCCUCCUCUCUAGACGAAAUCGUCCACCAACUUCGCAAUAAUUACCGAGACUACCACCGCAUCAAGCUCCAUGACUUAGAAGAAGAAGAAGAAGAAGAAGAAGACGGCCAAAGCAAUUCCCAGAGAAGGCAGAAGCGUGCUGCCAGUAAGAGCGAGGAUAAAUUGCAGCGAAUGGAGUCUGCCCACCUUAGAAGGAUUCGUGUAAGGAAUGGUGACCGUCCAUCUACAUCUUCUUCUUCCUCUUCUGAUGAUGAUGAUGCUGAUGAAGAUGGGUCUGUGUCGAUGUCGGAGGACGCAAUAUACAGCGAGAAAGUGGAGCCGGAGUUUGAUGUGAUGAAAUCGAGUCUCCGAGCAUCGUAUAUGGAAUCGAACAGCGCCAUGAAGCCCAAGGCAGCCGAGGAUCAGAAGGAGAAGAAUGUAGAAAUGGAGCUUCCUGGUCGCGACGAAGUUGAGUUAAUGGGCGGAAAUGGAGGGCCAAGGCGGCCAAAGACAUUGCAAGCAGCUGAAGCCAAGGGCUCGGUUACAGGGGUUGAGGUGAAGGGAAGUGAGGGGCCGAGGUUUAGUGACUUAGGUGGGAUGGAGAAGGUGAUAGAGGAGCUGAAGAUGGAGGUGAUUGUGCCGCUUCGCCAUCCGGAGCUGCCUCGGUGGCUCGGAGUUAGGCCAAUGUCUGGGAUUUUGUUGUACGGCCCUCCCGGGUGUGGCAAGACCAAAUUGGCUCAUGCCGUUGCCAAUGAAACCGGCAUUCCCUUUUAUAAAAUUUCUGCCACUGAAGUUGUCUCUGGUGUCUCAGGUGUUCCAGAUGAAAAUGCGAGGAUUCAGAUACUUUCUGUGCUUACACGCAAUCUGAGACUUGAAGGUUCUUUUGAUCUUCUUAAAAUAGCCAGGUCUACACCAGGGUUUGUGGGGGCUGAUUUGGCAGCCCUGGCUGACAGGGCUGGUAACAUUGCCAUGAAAAGGAUUAUACACAAGAGGAAGACUUAUAUGUCCAUAGAUUCUAUGAAUGAGGAGUGCAAUGAAGAUUGGUGGAGGCAACCAUGGACGCCUGAAGAAAUGGAAAAGCUUACUAUCAGUAUGGCUGAUUUUGAGGAAGCAGUUCAAGUGGUUCAGCCUUCAUCAAAAAGAGAAGGCUUCUCUGCAAUUCCUAAUGUAAAAUGGGACGAUGUUGGCGGGUUAGAUCUUUUAAGACAGGAAUUUGAUCGUUAUAUAGUUAGGCGUGUUAAAUAUCCUGAGAACUAUGAGGAAUUUGGAGUAGAUUUAGAGACAGGAUUUUUGCUCUAUGGGCCUCCAGGAUGUGGUAAAACACUGAUAGCGAAGGCCGUUGCUAAUGAAGCAGGAGCCAAUUUCAUUCACAUUAAGGGCCCUGAACUUCUGAAUAAAUAUGUUGGAGAAAGUGAGUUGGCAGUUAGGACAUUGUUCAGUCGCGCAAGGACAUGCUCACCGUGCAUACUUUUCUUUGAUGAGGUGGAUGCUUUAACAACUAAGCGGGGGAAAGAAGGAGGAUGGGUUGUUGAACGGCUAUUGAACCAGUUACUUAUAGAGUUAGAUGGUGCUGAGCAGCGGCGGGGUGUAUUUGUUAUUGGUGCCACUAAUAGACCCGACGUCAUGGACCGUGCUGUUUUGCGGCCCGGAAGGUUUGGUAAACUUAUCUAUGUCGCCCCACCCACUAAAGACGAGCGUGGUUUAAUAUUAAAAGCUCUUGCAAGGAAGAAGCCUAUAGAUGCCAGCGUAGAUCUGAGUGAGAUUGGACAAAGGGGAACUUGUGAAAAUUUUAGUGGAGCUGAUCUUGCUGCACUGAUGAAUGAAGCUGCUAUGGCUGCUCUUGAAGAGAAACUGACAUCACCUGAGAGGAGUUCAGAUGCAUCUCCAUGGACUAUCAAAGACACUCACUUUGAGCAAGCAUUGGCUAAAAUUGCACCAUCUGUAACAGACAAGCAAAUGCAAUACUACCAGAAAUUUGGGGAGAGCCUCAAAGCACCAAGAAACAAAGCCUAA